AUGCUGUGCGGCGUGAUUCUUUACUACGUUCCUGAAUCUCGACCACAUGCUCGUCGACUUUGUUACGCGCUGAUCGAUAUGACAGCGAACGGCUUGAAAUCCGCGCUCAGCGCCCAGGAGAGCGAGUGCGCGUACGAGAAGAUUAGGUCAAAGUACCAUCGUGCUCGAUACGGACAAUCGUUGGCGACACAGAAGUGCGUUUCGCAAGAAAUUCAAGACGACGACGAGAAUGACGAGCGUCCGCAAAGGAGUAUGAGAAAGAAAAUUUUUACGGAGCUCGACGAUGAGACUGGGGUGAAGGAAAGGAAAAAAUGCAAUAAAACGCAUAAAGACCAUCGCGUGUCGCGUCAUCGUCUUCGAAAUAACGUCAUUAGAGAUGUCUCGGGCGAACCUUGCAUGGAAAUCGCCAAACCGGUUUAUUUUUACUCCGAUAAAUUGGACGAUAUUCAAAAAUACCUGAAAACGAAUGUAUCUAGCGCGAAACGAGCCAACGGAUCGCCCGUUGAGAACUACACGCUUUUAAUCAGUGGCAGUCCGCAACAAAUGGCAGCGCUCGAUGAAAAAUACGGAGAGGACGACACGGUGAUUGUUCGGGAUCCUUAUGCGAGGUUGGAGUACAAGGAAUGCGGUACUUCCACCAACGAGUUAUCGUCGAAGGAAGAUGCUUCGAGCUCGGACCAAGAGGGACCAACUCGAGAUCGCAACGACCACGAAAUGGAAACGUACGCGAAAGAUGCGGAAUACAGCACGAUGCCGGAAGUUCUCAGUUCACGUUACUCCGUCGAUAAGUCCUCGCGCGAAGCAAGCCAAUUCCAGUGUGGCAGUGGGUGCUGCGGAAGCAAUGGGUGCUCUAUGUCGACCGCAGAUCUGAGCAGCGGAGCAGCUGUCACGUCGAAUUCUCCAGUGGACGCGAAAAAUCUGUUAAAGUCAUCUCGAAGCAUGGUCACUCCCAAAAUGCAGAAGAAGAUAGAGCAGAGCAACGAAAGUUUGUACGCCGAUUACAAUAAUUACAAUUACGUAGGAGAUCGCACGACCCCAAUUAACUUGCACAAUAGUCGCAAAGUAGACUUCCGGGAAGUAAUCGAGAACGACGAGGCACGAAUUCGAGGAUGGUAA